AUUGUACCUUAUGGCUUUCGUUUUCGGUACGAACUACGAACACGUGCGUCCCGGCUGCACGUGACGUGCAGUCAAUGAUUGGGCGCACGGUAUUGGUAGCCGGCAGGCAAUAUCGUUCUCGAUUCUCGGUGCCUGGCGAAUGUGAUUUUCUCUGCUUUCGCGUGCUCGGUAAUUUCGACGUCCUUAGUCCUGAUAUCAUUUCUUGAGCUGUGUAUUCGCGUUCGGUUCUCUUGCCUGCAUAGCAUUAAUCGAUUCUCGCGUCGUUUAAAUCUGAGCGAUUUCUCGUGUUCGAUUUCUGCCCAAACCGGCAUUUUCGUGUUCACGCGACGUGUGUGUGUUGACCGUCCACAUUGCGUGGGCCGAAACAUGUAUGCGUACGUGCGGAUUCCGCCAACAAAAAAUGUCCACGAGUUUCGGAAAGUUGUGCCGGUGAAAGAUAUUAAAAGGUUCAAUUCACAAAAUCCACUUAAUCCGCGACAAUUGUAUAAAAUUAAGCACAAUGGAGAUAUCAUCGUAGGUCACGUUCUACGUACUGCAAAUACCAAGAGCGAAUUGGAAGCAAUGGUGGCAGGAAAAAGGAUGAAUGUCCCACCGUCACAACAUCUACUGUCACCAUCUGACAGCUUUAGCACUGAUAUUGAAAACUCACCAAAGUCUGCUAAGAGGAAAGGUGAAAAUUUAGAACAUAUAAAACAACAUAGGCUAAAGCAAUUAAAAGAACGUCAGGCUUUGUGUGCAAUUAAUGCACAGUCUGUUGAAGAAUACCAGGAACAUAGCACUUGCCGCAACAGCAGCUCGCCGACUUCCAAUAUUGAAAUAGAAGAUUUAAAACAUACUAUAAACGCAUAUAAAGCCCAAUGUGAUUUUUUAAAAGACAGUCUCCAGAGAAAAGAAAAAAUAAUUGCGGAAAAGGAGGAAUGGAUUGUUAAACAAAAAGAUAUGGAAGUAACUAUUGCGGCAUUACAGAAAGAAGUACAAACAUUACGCCGAUUGAAUAUUGAAUUGCAGGAAGCUGCAAUCUUAAAAGGAAAAGAAAUCCAAAAUUUCAAUGAAGGCAACAAUUUAAAUGUGGUUACAGGAAACAACCUAACAGUGUUAAAUAAACAUCCGGCAGUUGGUUAUAUAACGCCUGAUAAUAAAAGCAUUCAUCUUGGAUAUGGCGAAUACUUGCCCAAAACUGCAUAUGUUGCAGCUGCUUGCGAUUGCAGAAGGCCUGCAAUUUUUGUUCGGCAAAUCGCGAUUUGUCUGUUUUCUUUGGAGACGCUUUUAAACAGCACUGUAACAGGCAAAGGAAGUAACCGAAAUAGAAAUUCUAAAAAGCCGGAAAAUGCCUUAGAUUGCAACAAAAUUUUAGCGAUUAAAGCUAUAUACUAUCAUUAUUUAACGGUUGAAAAACAAAUUCCACCAGCAGAGGCGGACAAAUUGGUGGAAAAAACUAGAAAUAUUUUAGCUAAAUUUAUAUCUUCCUUAAAAGAUUCGCAUACAUGUACUACAGAAAAAGAAACUCAUGCAAUGGAUGAGGUUCUCAAUUCAGAAGAAGAAUUGGACAUCGAACAAAACAUUGAGCAAAAUGUUGAAUCGAAUAUUCAACGGGACACUGAUGAAUCGAACAUCGACUCGUUAAGAAUGGAAGAAGCUGCACAAGUGCCUAAUGAGGAGACAUCUACAUCGAAUGAAAAUGACAACGAUCCGGACUUUGCUGUCCUUAUCCCAGCCGAGUCAUCAGACAGUGAUUCUGAUUAAACCGUGAAGGUUUUGGGACAUUUUAGUGUCAAGAGUCAAGAUUAUAUUUAUAUCUAUUAUAAAUAUUAAGUGUUUUUAUUUAACAUUUUAUUUUUACAUUUUUUAUUUUUACAAGUAUCUUUUGUUUAACUUUAUCUGAUUUUUUAUGUUUUGUUUGAUUAUA